AUGGUUACCGUUACCAAAGUGUCUGUAGUAUUGCCUGUACUGUCUGUAGAGUUGUUGCUAACGUUAGAUCAAUACAAAUGCCUAUUGGAUAAUAAGUGCAAAAUUGAUGUCAAGACAAGAACUUUCUGUAUUAAAUGUCGAUUGAAAAAGUGCUACGACAAGGGAAUGAAGAAGGAUUACAUACUAUCGCGUGAAGUGAAGGCAUUGCGCAAAGUGAGGCUACAUGAAAUGCUGGACAAACGGACAACCAUGGCCACCAACUCGUACAGCUACACCCCGGUAACCAGCCCCCUAACCGCGGACACCCCUACCAUACAGGACACUAUUGAUACCUCUACAAGCAACGGGAUUAUUAACUAUCAAACCCCUGACAAUACUUACUACUAUCCGGAAACUAAUAACUUUAACGAUUGUACACAUGAUUUAUUGGCACCUCUGGAAAUCGAUUUCAUAUUCCCUUGCGCGUGUUAUUUAAUGUUUACGAGUAAACUAGGUUCUAUUCUAAAAAUCUAA